AUGUUCUUGACGUCGCUCAAGUUGCUCGGUUGCUGUUCCCUGGCGUCGCUUCCCGAAUCCUUUGGCCAACUUGCCAGUCUGAGCGUUCUAUGCUUGAAUCACUGCUCGGCGCUGGAGCUGCCGGCCUCUCUCACCAAGCUUUCUUCUCUUGCCGUCUUGGAGAUUCGGCAGUGCAACUUUCAUCUGCCGUCACCUGUCAUUUUCCCUCGACUGCGGGCGCUCGAAUCCCUCAGCCUGGAGGAAGUGACGGGAUUGCGCGAGCUAAUCGAGGCUCUUGAGCAUAUGUGGCGGCUCAAGACUCUAGCUAUCAAGCACUGCAACGAUAUCACGUCUCCGCCGGAGUCUCUUUUCCGCCUGCCGUCACUCACCAGCCUCACCCUUGGCAUGCCACAGCUUUCAGUUCUGCCUGACGAGUUUGGGCGGUUGUCAAAGCUACAGACGCUCGUGCUAGAGUUGGGGGAGCUCACAUCCCUUCCUGAUUCCAUCUGCCUGGUUACCACGCUCCAAGAGCUCGCCUUAGAUAAUCUGCAGCUGCAGCAUCUUCCGGACUCCCUAUCCCAGCUAUCUUCUCUCGAGCGCCUGGAUAUUAAGAGUUGUCCGCGUCUCACGGUGCUGCCAGAUGAAAUGGGGAAUUGUAUGCAGCGUCUGCGUUAUCUGCAUCUCAAGCACUGCUCAUCUCUGACCCACCUCCCUCCAUCUUUCUCCGCACUGACUUCCCUCGAAACCUUCAAGAUCGAGGAAGCUAAGUGCUUGGAAGGGACCCUUCUAGACGGUUUUGGCUGCUUGAAAAGCCUCAAGGAGCUGGUGCUUGAAGACAUGCCUCGCCUAUCCGCCCUUCCUGCCUCCUUCUCGGGUGUCUAUUCACUGUCCAGCCUUGUAGUGAUAAAUUGCCCUAGAGUAACGGUCCUUCCUAAGGGGAUCGGACGGCUGGAGGCUCUCGAGGUGGUCAAGCUCGCACUGAUGGAUCGCUUGAAGCGUCUCCCUGCUGAGCUUGUCAGGCUGCCCCGGCUGCGGGUGUUGGAGGUGCGGGUAUGUGAUAAGGUUGGCGCGCUGCUGGGAGAUGAGAUCGUGGUCAAACGCACUGCCAGGGGUUCUUCUAUGAUCUACAACACCACCGCCAGCAGCAGCACCAGCAGGGCACUGCUUCCAUCCAUUCGAAGCCUCAAGAUGAGAUCUCUUCCUUUCCAUGCUGUUCCGUCCCUUGGCCAGCUCUCCUCUCUAACGAAGCUGAAGAUUCUAGAGAUGGACUGCCUUGUAUCUCUCCCCGAAGCCAUCUGUCAACUCUCGCGCCUGAAAAGGCUUCGGAUCGAUUCGGCCAGCCAGCUGGAGGCGCUGCCUGACGCCUUUGGAGAGCUGGCAGGGCUGCGUGUCUUGCAGCUGAUUCACCUCUAUGCAGUACGGCAUCUACCCGAGUCGUUUGGGCAGCUGAAGAUGCUCGAGACGUUGGAGAUUAUUGACUGCUACAAGGUUGGCGAGGAGGAUGGGGAGGAAGGAGGGGGAGUGGCGGUUGAUGUGGGAGAGGAGGAAGGGGAGGGUGAGGAGGGAGGAGAUGAGAUGGUGGAAGGACAAGAGGCGGACAGGGAGGAAGCAGAGGAGGAAGCAGAGGGUGAGGAGGGAGAUGAGAUCGUGGGAGGGCAAGAGGCGGACAGGGAGGCAGAGGAGGCAGAGGGUGAGGAGGGAGGAGAUGAGAUGGUGGAAGGGCAAGAGGUGGGCAGCGAAGCAGAGGAGGAAGCAGAGGGUGAGGAGGCAGAUGGUGAGGAGGGAGAAGAUGAGAUGGUGGGAGAGCAAGAGGCAGGCAGCGAAGCAGAGGAGGAGGCAGAGAGUGGUGGUGAGGAUUGGGAUAUCUGCCAUGAGUAUGGCAUGGACAGCGACGAUGACAGGGAUGAUGAGGGAGGAGGCUGGGGGGCGAGUAGUGACGAGGACGAGUAG